AUGACCAUCUUCCCAAAGCCGAUUCGCAUGGCACAAUCAACAGAAGCUGCCCAGGGAGAGGCCGAGCUUUCAAGCGCGCCUUCCAGCAUCCACCGCUCUCAAAUUAUGACACCUAGUUCUAGCACCGCAAUUACUAUGUCGGACUGGUCGGGCGAUGAUAGCCCAAGUCCGACUGAGAGUGAGUUUCACGUCCCCGAAAGAUGGAAUGCCCCGGAAGACGAUAUUCGCUCGUUUCUUGCCAGCUACUAUCAGAAUGAAGAUGCGUCUCAGAAUGAUGUAAACGACGGAUUGAGUGUCGACAACUUCUAUGAGUACGAACCAGCAUUCAAAAAAGGUGACUACGUUCGCAUCCUAGGUCAACAGGACAGCAAAUUGGCAGAGAAAAAUACCAUGGGAUCUUACUGGUCGAAAAUGCCAUAUCAGAUAACCGCUAGUCGCAUGGGCCACGAAUAUUUGGACUUUGAUGAGGACGAGGACAAGCGUAGUGAAGAAUACUACGACAACGGCAAUCAGAUCAAUAGUAUACGCAAUGCAGAAUGGCUCAAGGGACGCGCCCAGAGCGAGAUAGAGAAGUUAUUGGACGAAGACAUGUGGUACUAUCGACUGUAUAUGUCGGGCAGCACGGAAUUUCCCGUCGCGGACGCCAUGUGGUAG